AUGCUGCACAGAUACCCUCUAUCAGUGCUGUUGGCAAAAGAGACUCGUCUGGACAUGGACCCGGUCAUCAGAGAGGCCGCUCUGCACUUCCUGAGGAACAUCUCUCUGGACGGUCUACCACCACAGCGUGCCGACGGGGAGGUUCUGUUGGGUGCAGAGAUGAGGAGUGAGGUCGCCACGUCAACACGCCAGCAUCACAGUGGGAUCACAACGGCGAUUGUGCACAGUGGAGCAAGAGACCUGAUUCAGAGUGAUGAUGCACCUGUAGGUCAGGUGACCACAAACUCACGGACUGUUGCAGAGGCUGCAUCUGACAUCAGCAGCCAUCCUCCUCCUUUUCAUCUCCUCUCUGGUGCUGUCAAAGGGAGGUUCACCCCAGGAGCCCAGAGAGGUCACUCCGGAUCCCUCAAAAAGCAAACACACAGCUUUUCAGACAGCCAGGGCAGCUCUUCCCUGGAGUUGCAGAGGACAAGACGCAGACACACAUUGCAGCGGUUCGAGACCCUGCAGGCCAUCGAGGAAAAUGCUCCCCUCCGCAGAUGCUCAUCAUCAAGCUCUCGUCAACAGAAAAGCUCUAAAAGGGUCCACUUUAUAAAAAACAUGCGACAGCAUGAUACAAGUAAUGGCAGGAUAAUUCUGAUUAGUAUCAGACGAGCUCUUUUCUGUGUGUUUUCUCUUAUACCUUACCGAGAAUACAGCCAUGAUGGCGAUGUGGCACUGGAGAGAAGACACCAGCACCCAUCUGGAGCUAUCGCCACAAAAGAGAUGGUUGUCGGACUGGAAGGUGUCGAGCUUGGUGCUAAAGGCAAGACUGUUUCAUACACCCAGCUGUUGUACCCCACCCAUGCACUGAGCAGAGACUCUGACAUGGGGCAGCAGAGCUCCUCAGACCCUGUCUACCCUGCUGCUCCGUGCGGCUUCCGCCCCAUGUGGAGCAUCAGCACCAAUUGUAAGGAGCAUACAGGAGCUGAUAGAAGAGACCGUACAUACUAUGACCCCAACCUCUUGGAUGAUCCCCACUGGCCAUGUGGCAAACACAAACGUGUGCUUGUCUUCCCUUCUUACAUGACUACUGUCAUUGAAUAUACCAAGCCCAGUGAUCUGAAGAGGGACAUGAAUGACACUUUCAGAGAGAAGUUUCCACACAUUCAAUUGACCCUCAGCAAAAUUCGGAGUCUGAAGAAAGAAAUCCGCAAGUUGGCUCAAGAGGACUGUGGCUAUGAGGAGCCUAUAGUGGCCAUGGCAUUUGUGUACUUUGAAAAGCUGGCUCUCAGAGGCAAGCUGGACAAGGAGAACCGAAAGCUAUGUGCAGGUGCCUGCAUCCUCCUGGCCGCCAAGAUCGGCAGUGAUCUCAAGAGGUUCGAGGUCAAACAGCUGAUUGAUAGGCUAGAGGAGCGUUUGAGGCUGAACAGGAGGGAGUUGCUGGCAUUUGAGUUUCCUGUGCUGGUGGCGCUGGAGUUUAACCUUUACCUGUCUGACCACGAGCUGCUGCCACACUACAGGCGUCUUCUACAGACCGCCUGACACAACAGGAAACCUCACCACCAUUUUCUACAUAGGACUGGUGGACACUAGAGUAAAUAUCAUCAUAAA